AUGCUGGCACCUGCGGGACUCAUCCUGCUCUUGCUGGCAGUGGGCGGCCAGUGCGAGGACACAGUGGUGGCCAGCGUGGGCCGGCACACCAUGAGCCGCAUCGUUGCCCUGCUGUCCCCCGCCGAGUGCCGCCAGCUCCGGGGGUGGCUGAUGGGGCCCGAGGAGGCGCUGGAGGAGCAGCACCUGGAGCAGCUGUCGGAGGAGAAGAAUCCGAUCCGGCCCCGGCAGCGGCGGCAUCUCCGAGGGCCCUCGCGGUGCUCGGCGGCGCUGCGGCAUUGGCGGAGCACGGUGGGGGCGGCGGUGACCUGGGACCGGCUGGCGCGGGGGCUGCGCCGCAUCGGCCGCGCCGACAUCGCCCGGGAGCUGGGCAAGAACCUGAACCAGGACAGGAGCCUGGAGCUGCGCAGGAACGUGGAGGACUACGGCCGAGCCCUGCAGGGCCUCAGCUCCGGCCUGCUGCUGCCGGGCGGGCGGCAGAGCGCAGCGCGGGGCAGGAGGGCACUGCUCGGGCACCUCGGGGAGCUGCGCUUCGAGCGGCGGCCGCAGCCCCCCUACAGCCGCAGCCUGCUGGGCUGGGUCACCCCCCUGGUCUCGGGGGUCCUGGGCGGCUUCCUUGCCUCUGUGCUGCUCAGCCUGGUCACCGCCUGGUCCUGCCGCUGGGCACUGGGCUCUGGUGCCGCCUGA